AUGGCUUCUGAUCCCUUCAACAGCAGCUCCUCCACCUUCAUCCUGGUGGGUGUCCCAGGCCUGGAAGCUUUCCCCACCUGCCUGGGCAUCCUUUUCUGCUCCGCCUAUGUCCUCGCUGUGGUAGGAAAUGGGGCAGUUUUGCUGGUCCUUGAGCUGGACAAGGCCCUGCAGGCACCCAUCCAUCGCUUCCUGGGCAUGCUGGCAGUCAUCGAUGUGGUCAUGGCGACAUCUGUGGUCCCCAAGAUGCUGAGCGUGUUCUGGCUGGACUCUGCUGAGAUUGGCUACGUGGCCUGUUUUGUGCAGAUGUUCCUUGUUCACUCCACAACAGCUGAGGAGUCGGGAGUGCUCCUGGCCAUGGCUGUUGACCGCUACAUCGCCAUCUGUCACCCUCUCAGGUACCAUGCCAUCCUGAAUGGCCGAACUAUUGCCCAGAUGGGCCUGGCCAUCGUGCUGAGAGCUGUCCUUCUCAUGGUGCCCCUGAUGGGGCUGGUGACGUCCCUGCCCUACUGCGGCUCCCGCGUGGUGCCCCACUCGUACUGCGAGCACAUGGCCGUGGCCAGCCUGGCCUGCGCUGACCCCUGGCCCAGCAGCCUCUACAGCGUGGCCGGCUCCUCCCUGAUAGUGGGGAUGGACAUGGCUUUCAUUGCUGUGUCCUAUGGGAUGAUCCUGAAAGCUGUCCUGGGGAAGGAGUCCUGCUGGAAGGCCCUGAGCACCUGCGGGUGCCAUCUCUGCGUGGUGCUGCUGUUUUACAUCCCUGGGAUCGUGUCCAUCUAUUCCCAGCAGUUCGGCGGCGCCGUGUCCGAGCGCACGCGGGUCCUGCUGGCCGAUCUGUACCUGACCCUGCCCACCACGCUCAACCCCCUGGUGUACAGCAUGAGGACCAGGCAGAUCCGCCAGGCUCUGAUCAAAAUGCUCUUUCCCGGGAAGGUUUGUGCCUGGUGCAGGAGUCUGUGA